UGGGCGUGGCCAUCCGGGUCCCCGCGGCCAUGGCUUCCGCGGCCGCCAGUCCCCCCGAGGUGGUCCGCGCGGCCCAGAAGGACGACUACUACCGCGGCGGGCUGCGGAGCGCGGCGGGCAGCGCCCUGCACAGCCUGGCGGGCGCCAAGAAGUGGCUGGAGUGGAGGAAGGAGCUCGAGCUGCUGUCCGACGUGGCCUACUUUGGCCUCACCACACUUGCAGGCUACCAGACCCUCGGCGAGGAGUACGUUGGGCUCAUCCAGGUGGACCCGUCCCGGAGCCAAGUGCCUCUGAGGCUGCGCCGCGGCGUGCUGGUCGCGCUGCACGCGGUCCUGCCCUACGUGCUGGACAAGGCCCUGCUCCACCUGGAGCAGGAGCUGCAGGCCGACAGCAACGGCGCCCGCCCGUCGCAGGGCAGCCUGGCACCCAGCGCGAGAGGCCGGUCGGGAGCCCGGCGCUGGGUGCACAGGCAGGUGGCGGCCCUGCCGGAGCCGCAGAGGAAGGCGCUGCUGAGGGCCGUGCUGGUGUUCAGGCAGGGCCUGGGCUGCCUCCACCGGCUGCACGUCGCCUGGUUCUACAUCCACGGCGCCUUCUACCACCUGGCCAAGCGGCUCACGGGCGUCACCUACCUCCGCCUCCACCGCCCGCCUGCAGAGGACCUGAGGGCCCGGGCGAGCUACCGGCUGCUGGGCCUGGUCUCCCUGCUGCACCUGGCGCUGUCCCUGGGCCUGCAGCUCUACGGCUUCCGGCAGCGGCAGCGCGCCCAGCGGGAGUGGAAGCUGCACCGCAGGCUGUCUCGCCGCAGGAGCCUCACGGAGGAGAGAGCCGUGUCCCGGAACUCGCUGUGCACCCUGUGCCUGGAGGAGCGCAGGCACUCGACGGCCACGCCCUGCGGCCACCUGUUCUGCUGGGAGUGCAUCACCCAGUGGUGCGACACCAAGACGGAGUGUCCCCUGUGCAGGGAGAGGUUCCCUCCCCAGAAGCUGGUCUACCUGCGGCACUUCCGGUGACAGGACGGACGGACGGACGGAGCCACCGGCAGCCGCCUGUCAGGACAGACGUGAUGGAUUCUGAUGAACUUGCGCAGAAACCGUAAAGUCCUCUGGUUUUCUAUUUCCUGUCACAUAAGACCCUGUGCCAGCAGCUCAGGAGGAUAGGAGCUGGACGGCCAGGUUCGGGCAGGGGCUCCACUCAGCUCAGCUCCCCGCCAGGCCCCGCGUGGGCACCCACCCCCACCCCACAGUGCCAGGCGGUGGCUCCGCAGGGACUCCGCUCCCGGGAACAGGUCCUAGGCCCCUCCCUUCCCCACCGCUCAGCUGAGGACACACCAGUCCCUUCUGUGAUGAGAAGACGAGCCGCGUCUGGCGGGCGAGAGGACGUGGCCUGAAUGGGCAACACUUCCGGGCGCGUGGCAGCCCGCCAGGCGCACCUACAAACCGUCCCCACCGCAGCCGCUGCGCGGCGGCCAGGCACAGCCCCUCAGAGGCGUGGAGACCAGGGCGCCCGCCCACACCCUGUCCGGCAGGUGGCCUUCCUCGCCUGCGGACUUCCUCACUGACGGUUAGAGGGAAGGGAAGGGGAGAGACAGAAGCAUGGACAUGACACACACCGACUGGUUGCCUCUCACCUGCACCCCAACCUGGGCUGGAGAUCAAACCUGCAGCCGAGGUACAGGCCCUUGACCAGACUCGAACCCAUGACCAUGCAGUCUGUGGGCGGAAGCUCUAACCGCUGAGCCACACCUGCCUUAAUUCACAUGUCAAGUCUGUUCCCCAUUUAGGACACGGGUCUGUCCUGGUCCCUACAGACUCUGAGGCCCCUCCCCCGCCCAGGCUCCUGGGGCAGAGCCAGGUUGCCUGAGAAGUUUUCCUAACACUGAGGCCACAGACCCCCUCUGAGGCUGGCACUGGGACAGCCAUCACCUAUGUCCAGCCUACUUCCUGCCACGCAUUGUCAGGUUUUAAAAUCGUUUGACUCUACAGAGACAGAACUUUGCCGUAAACCCCCUUAAGAAACCAACCCCACAGAAGUAGGUGCGUUGAGAAAGCCCUAAGGCUGGGGCCACCCCCCUGGCCAGGACCUCGGGUCUGCGUGGCACCCCCACUGGAGUGCAGACGGGCCUGGGGCCACGGCCACGCAGGCCGCUCCCUAGAGUGAACUGUCCAGCAACAGGGACGCUGUUCUCCGCGGGAUGAAGGCCACAGGUCCUGACCAGCCAGCCUGAGCAGCAGACCUCCCGACGGGGAAUCCUGACUGACACUCGGCCGAGCGCGCAGCUCCCCACCAGCCGGCCCGGGCGCUCACUGGGACGGCGGUGCGCGGUGAGGCGGGCCCGGAGCCCUGGCAGCAGAGAAGUGCUGCUCGGGCAGCAUCCGCGCGUGAAGGUCCACAGCGGCAGGUGCAGAGCAAGAGCGGCCCUGGCCGGCGGCUCCGUUGGUUAGAGCACCGUCCGGUGCACCAAAGGGUUUUGUGGAGUCGAUCCCAGGGGGGCGCAUAUGGGAGGCAGCCCAUAGAUGUCCCUCUGACAUCCAUGUUUCUCUUCCCCUCUCCUCGCUCUCAAAUUAAAUGGACACAUAUCAUUGGGGGGCGGGUUAGGAAGCAGGAGGAGCUCAAGUCCAGGCAGGCAAAAAUGGCAAAAGAAACACAUCCACACCCAAUGUCAGAAACCCUGAGACGUGGGCAGCUGCUCAGCCCAAGUCUGAACCCGACCCCCGAGAAAGAACGCUCACGGCUCCGCGCCGGCCCCAGCCUGCCUCGCGCUGCCCGCCCUGCUGCCUGGGCAGAGUCCCGCGGGCGCCUCUGGAUACAGACUCCGUGAGGAAGGGGACGCCACCUUUAAUAAAGUUUGAAUAAAAGUCA